UCGUAGGCUCGAGCACUCGACUUGGACGCUCGUGUUCUGGCUCGUCACUUUAUUCUCAGGGCUACCCAUCCGCAUAGGCACACAUCAUGGACGUGACUGUACACUUGUCCGGCGGGCUUGAUGUGCUGUUUGGUGGCGCGAGCGAGGUGAGCGUGCACAUGGCCAAGACAGACAACGUGCGGCUGAUCGAGGUGCUGAACGAGCUGAUGGGCGAGACGCUCGUGGCCAAGGAUCGUGGAGACAUGCUUAUGCUUGAUGGUGAGGUCCGUCCGGGCAUUCUCGUUCUCAUCAACGACGCCGAUUGGGCACUGCUGGGCGAGAACGAGGCUGUUGUGACUCCGGGCGACGAGAUCACGCUCAUCUCGACACUGCACGGCGGGUGAGAAAAGGGAGCUGGGUUUAGUCGGCUCACUCGAGGUAGGCCACAGGGAUGAUGCCACGCUCGCCGGUGGCGACCGAGCAGGCGGCGGCCCAGCCGUCAUCAAACUCCUCGAUGAUCUGGACCUCUGCACCGGCCGCAAGGGCGAGCUCGUCGUCGGCGCCGGCGGUAAACUCAAACUUCAUCCG